ACAUACAUUUUUAUGUUUACGAAAUUGAGCAUAGCGACUCGUUGUCAUUCGGGAACAUUAUAAAGUAGUUUUAAGUGUAACUGUACGUACAAGGCAUCAGUAACUUUGGAAUAUAUUAGUUAUGGAUGUAACAGUUGUUCGGAAUAGAAAACAUGUUAAUGAACGCUUAAAAUCUCAAAAAUAUAUUAUAUCAAAUAGUAAUUCAAAUUCGACAUAUAUUCAGACAGACAAAUCGGAUGUGCUAUCACGUGAUAGAAGUAGCUCUUCAGGCUCUUCCAGUGGAGUCGACAGUGGUGUUGAUGGCGUCAGAGCGUGUAAACCACGCAAGAGGAGUCUUUCAGCGCAUGCCAAAAAUAGAAAGAGAAAUUCAGUCAGAAGAAAUUCCGCCCCAGAGAACAGCAGUACGUUUUCAGAUUUCCUCUCAGGUUCCCGUCGCAUUGUUACAGAGGCAGAAGACUUCGUGAAACAUGUAAUAGAAGCCGGUUGGGAUCUUGUCCAUCACCAUCAUCUCCCAGGCUGGUUACAAGACAAUGAAUAUCUAGUGUUUGGUCAUAGAUUACCGUUAAACUCAUUCAAAGCAUGCUUUAGAUCUGUAUUUCAAAUUCAUACAGAGACGGGAAACAUUUGGACCCAUCUACUAGGUAUGAUAGCCUUCAUAAGUAUAGCAGCAUACACUCUUAGCAGUCGAUAUAUAGACUGGAUGUGGCAAGAUAUUACCGUGCAUAGCGUAUUUUUCGGCGGUGCUAUUUUAUGCCUCACUUUCUCCUGGUUAUUUCACACAGUGUUCUGUCACUCUGAAAAUGUUAGCAAAUUGUUUGGCAAAUUGGAUUACUGUGGUAUCACACUUCUUAUCGUUGGGUCCUUCGUACCAUCUCUCUACUAUGCAUUCUUUUGUCAUUUUGUCGCACACAUGGUCUACCUCGUGUCCAUUAUUGUCCUCGGUACCAGCUGCAUCAUAGUUUCCCUGUUUGACAAGUUUGGGACACCAGCCUAUAGACCACUUCGUGCAGGUUUGUUCAUCGGUCUUGGUCUGACUGGUGUGAUACCAACCAUACAUUUAAUCACCAUAGUUGGUAUAUAUCCGGCAAUGUAUGAAUAUGCGGUACUUCAUCUUCUUACAAUGGCAUUCCUUUACAUUGGAGGCGCUUUAAUGUACGCAUACAGAAUUCCAGAAAGUCUCUAUCCGGGCAAGUUUGAUAUUUGGUUCCACAGCCAUCAGAUAUUCCACGUAUGUGUAAUUGCUGCAGCUCUAGUUCACUUCAGAGGACUACAAAUCAUUUCCCACACAAGACAUAACUAUACUGAAUGUGCUUCUUAAAUUUGAAAUUAUAAGGGGAGCAGCUGUAGAUCGCUUUCAAGGAAUACAAAUCAUUUCCCCUACAAGGCGUAAAGUUUGUGGUGUUAUAGGUGCAGCCUCUAGUACAUUCCAAUAUGAAUGUUUUCUCAUUAGCAACAUCAGCUUACGGAAUAUACGGCUCAAAGCUGAAAUUAUGAUCGGAGCAAUGUUCUUCACUUACCAAAAGGGAAACUUUGAUAUUAUUCCAUACAAGGUGAAGACGUGGAACAUUCCAUACAAGGUGCAUUGUUACGAAAAGUACGGCGCAACAUUAGUAGUGAAAUCGUUGCUAUUUUUGAUAACUUUGGAGAAUUUAAGGUAGCAUCUAUACAAAUUAAAGUAAAAGUGGAUACCAUUAAGCGUCAAACAUCUUAAACGCAACCAAAAACCGAGCUACCCAAACUUCGACCAUUAAAUGGAAGGACGUGCUUUAAAUGCUCAAUAACAAGAUAUACUUUUAUCUUAAAAUCAAAGUUAACAGUUAAAUCAAUUUAAAGUUGAGUUUCUCAGCAAACGACAAAAAGAAAGUCGAUAGGGACACCCCAGAAACGGCAGGCACCCAUAGAAGUAUAAUGGAAUUAUACAGAGACAAAAACAAAAAAUACGAUUUUACCUGAGUUUAUGAAUUGGUCUAAAUGCUUAACGUGCUUAUUUGACAGCUAAUGUCAUGCUUUUUAUUUUUGUCAGUUAUUGUUUUAGUACAGUUGUCUUUUGAAGCCUUUACAUUAAAAUUGUUUCUAAACAUCAUUUGUAAAUGUGACAGGAAUUACUUUAGUUCAUAUACAUCAUUUAUUUUAGGUCGAUUGUGAAGGAAGUUUUACAUCUUGUAUUAAUCACUCUCGAUACCUCAUUUCUGAUGGAAUCCAUAGCCACGAGGCCAGUUUCCCUUUUAAUGCUGGGCGCCAAGCAACAGAGCUACUGGUACCAUUUUUCACGUCUUUGGUAUGACGCGGCCGGGGAUCGAACCCACGACCUCCUGCACACGAAGCGGGCACUCUACCACUAGGCUAUCGAGGCGGAAUUACCUUGAAAAUGACAAAUAUCAAAACGUGAUACAUGUUUACAUCGCGAUGGUUCUGUAUAAUAACUUGUUUUACUUUGAAGUUUGAUGAAAAUCAUUUCCUAAAUCACAUUAUCUGUUACAUAACGAAAGAUCCUUUGAAAGCAUAGAGCAACGUAAGAGCAGAAAUGUAAAAGCUAGUUUUCAUUAGGCUUAAGGAAAAUGCUCGCAUAGGUUACAACUUGGAUAAGAUAAUGUGAUAGAUAUAACAUAAUGUUUUUCACGAAAGGAAAAUGUUUGACAUUUUGUUCAGUAUAUAUUAAAGAAAGCUACCUAUA